GAAGCAUUGAAAGUCGUUCAGCAGUGCAGGACCAGUGAUUAAAGCGCCAUCCUUCAAGAUAUUUGGGAUGCGAAAAGCUAACAGAGGGAGGGGGGCUUCUCUCCUCUGAUUGAUCAAUUCACGCGCCAUCUCAGCAUAUAAGAACAUUUCUGUUUGUUGCAAAUCAGGCAUCUUCAUUUGUCGUAGCACUCUGAAGCGACCUUCGAAAUUAUUCACGACCUAGUAAGGGUGCUGCCAACAGAGGCACGAAGCAGGCAUGCUGCUCAGGCGGACGGCAUCGAAUGCCUUGUUGAGGCAUGUCAGAGGAGCGUUGCAGGUGCAACAUGCGAGAGGCCAGCAUGCUGCGUCAGCCCUGGAUCAGUUCUCUGGCGAGGAGCUGUACGAGCCUGCAUACUCGGAACCCCCUAAGGGCACCCAGUCCCACCGGACAGACACAUUUGUAAGAGAGGCGUUCCAGGUGCUGGACUACCCAGAGCGCCUGCAGAAGCUGCUGCUGACUCCCCAGCGCGAGCUGCAUGUGGAGCUUAACAUCACCCGGGACAACGGCGAGAUCGAGAUCUUCAACGCGUACCGCGUGCAGCAUGACAACAGCCGCGGCCCUUUCAAGGGGGGGUUCCGCUUCCACCCCAAUGUCAGCAUGGAUGACGUACGCAGCCUGGCUAGCCUGACGACGUGGAAGACAGCGGUUGUGGACGUUCCCUUUGGAGGCGCCAAGGGCGGAGUGCGUUGCGACCCCAAAGACCUCACAGAGGCAGAGCUCGAACGCAUCACCCGCAAGCUCGUGCAGGCGCUGAAGGACUGCGUGGGGCCGGACCGAGACAUCCCCGGGCCGGAGAUCAGCGCAGGCUCCAAAGUCAUGUCCUGGUGGUUUGAUGAGUACAGCAAGUACAAGGGAUUCUCCCCUGCCUGUGUCACGGGCAAGCCGAUGACGCUGCAUGGCAGCUACGGGCGGGAGUACGCGACUGGCAGAGGAGUCGUUUUAGCCACAAGGGAGCUGCUGCGAAACGAGCACAUGGGCAAGAUCGCCGGCAAGACCUUUGUUAUCCAGCAGGGGUUUGGCAACGUGGGCGGCUGGGCGGCGGAGCUGUUGGAGCUGUACGGGGGCAAAGUGAUAGCGGUGUCUGACCGCACCGGGGCCAUCUACAACCCAGAGGGACUCGACAUCCGCUCACUCAAGCGCCACAUCAAGGCCCAGCCCCCCUUUGGCGGCCACAUGAGCUCCUUCCCAGGAGGGGAGCGGCUAGCUAUAGAAGAGCUGCUGACGAUGCCGUGCGAUGUCUUCAUCCCGGCAGCGGUGCCUGAUGUGAUCACAGAAGAAGUUGCGACGAAGCUCAAUUGCAAAUACGUGGUCGAAGCAGCCAACGGGCCAACGACCCCUGAGGGAGAUAAAGCGCUGCGCGAGCGGGGCAUCGUUGUCCUGCCUGAUGUGUAUGCAAACGGAGGCGGCGUGAUAGUGAGCUUCUUCGAGUGGGUGCAGAACCAGCAGACCUUCCGAUGGGAGGAGGAGGAGGUCAACAGGCGGCUCGACCGCAAAAUGACUGAUGCAUUUGAGAGGAUUUGGGACGUGCACACAACUCAGAAGCUGCCACUUCGCACUGCAGCCUAUGUGCUGGCUCUGCGCUCAGUCACACAGGCCACCAUGAUCCGCGGCUUUGACUGA